AUGCUGCUCGCCCUUCUGGCCACUUUUUCUUUCUGCAGCCUCCGGCUGGGCGCUCUGGCCGCCCACGCCCCUUCUGCUUACGACUACAUCGUCGUCGGCGGCGGUACCUGUGGACUGGUCGUCGCCAAUCGCCUAUCAGAGAACGCGAACGUCUCGGUCCUCAUCAUAGAAGCCGGAUAUUCUGUCCACGACAAUCCAAAUGUCACAGACCCCAAUGGCUACGGGAAAGCAUUCAACACAGCCAUUGACAACCUGUACAAAACGGUGCCGCAAAUGUUCGCAAAUAAACAAAACCAGACGCUUCAUGCGGCAAAGGCACUCGGGGGGACUAGUACUAUCAAUGGCAUGGCCUACACGCGAGCCGAGGCCGCGCAGAUUGAUGCGUGGGAAAAGGUAGGCAAUGCAGGGUGGAACUGGAAAGCCUUGUACCCAUACUAUCUCAAGUCAGAGAGAUACCAGAUUCCCACCUCGGAGCAGAUUGCAGCCGGUGCCACCUUCAACCUGGAUUACCACGGGCUUGAGGGACCGCUGGCCGUGGGCUAUCCCAAGAAUCAAGCCAUUGAUGAGUUCCCAGCCAUACUACGCGAGUCUUACCAAGCCAUCGGGAUCCCAUUUUCACAGGACGUCAACGGAGGCUCCAUGCGCGGUUUCACCGUCUAUCCGAAAACGGUUGAUGAAGAAGCCAACGUCCGCGAAGAUGCGGCACGGGCAUAUUACUGGCCAUUUUCCACUUCUCGGCAGAACCUUCACCUCAGUCUGAACUCUACCGUGACAAGAGUCAUCUGGAAACCUUCGACUGGUCCGGGCGGGGAGGCGAUGGCAUCGGCUGUUGAGGUUCUCGCAGCGAACGGUACCAAGAUCACCUUUAAUGCUUCCCGCGAGAUCAUAGUUUCCGCGGGAGCUUUGCGCACCCCCUCUAUAUUGGAGUUAUCUGGAAUCGGGAACACACAGAUCCUCUCCAAGGCCGGCAUCGAAACCAAGGUGUCCCUCCCCGGAGUCGGAGAGCACCUGGUAGACCAGAUCAACAGCGGCAUAACCUUCUCCAAAGCCACGAGCCAGACAUAUACCGGAGCGGCCGGAUAUGCAGCCUACCCGAACGUCACGGACGUUUUUGGAAACUCCACCAGCGCAUUCGCAUCGUCGGUGCUUGCAGCUUUGCCGGCCUAUGCGUCGGCGAUUUCAGCACAAAACAACAACUGCACAAGCGCCCAAGACAUGCUUUCUCUGCUCAAGCUGCAGCACUCGCUGAUAUUCGAGGCCCAAGUACCUGUUGCAGAGAUCGUAAGCUGGCCGGAAGAAAAGUCGUUCGGGUCGCAGUACUGGAGCACGCUGCCGUUUUCACGUGGCAACGUCCAUGUUACGUCUUCGAACCCCAGCACGGCAGCCAAGAUCAACCCGAACUACUUCAUGCUGGAGUACGACCUUGAUUCACAGGUGGCGAUUGCGCGGUGGAUGCGGAAGCUCUUCGCCGCCGCGCCGCUUGCAGAUGUUGCGGGCGCAGAGACGUGGCCGGGUACCAAGGCAGUGGCGGCGAACGCUGGUGACGCGGCGUGGUCGAAGUGGCUGAAGCAGACUUACCGCGGCAACUAUCACGUCCUAAGCACGGCAGUCAUGAUGCCGCGAGAGAAGGGCGGCGUGGUGGACGAGAGACUGAAGGUGUAUGGGACUGCGAAUGUCAGGGUGGUGGAUGCCAGCGUCCUUCCCUUUCAAGUCUGUGGCCACUUGAUGAGCACGCUUUAUGCUGUUGCUGAGCGAGCGAGCGAUCUGAUCAAGGAGGACGGUGGCCUGUGA